AUGUUUAACACUAGAUCUACAGCAACAGAAGUUGCAAAGGCUUUGGCAACACGAAUUCGCGGCAAGACGGUCUUAAUCACUGGCAUAAGCCCCGGGAGUCUUGGAUCUGCUACGGCUAUGGCUAUUGCCUCACAACAGCCGCAGCGGCUGCUCCUUGGCUCGCGCACCAUGAAAAACAUCCACUCUGUCAUGGCCGAUAUUCAUUCCGUGUAUCCAUCCACUACUGUAGAACCAGUGUUGAUUGAUCUAUCAUCGCAGAAGUCUGUUCGUGCAGCAGCAGCAGACGUUAAUUCUCGCAUUUCGAAGCUGGACGUUCUGAUAAACAAUGCUGGAAUUAUGGCCGUGCCAGAUCGCACACUGUCUGAAGACGGCAUUGAAAUUCAGUUUGCGACCAAUCAUCUUGGCCACUUCCUGUUCACCAACUUAAUUCUCAAGAAUCUUCAAGCUGCAGCAAAAGAUGCCAGGAACGAAGGUGACACACGCGUUAUUAACCUCAGCAGCAAUGGCCAUCGCAUUUCGCCUGUUCGAUUCAGUGAUUGGAACUUUGAGAACAAGGCCGUACCUCCGGAAGAGCAGGCAGAUGAAGAAGCAUACAAAAGCCGAGGCCAGACCUUGGAAUGGAGCAACGGAUAUGAGAAAUUUGUAGCAUAUGGCCAGUCCAAGACAGCCAAUAUUCUUUUCUCUCUAUAUCUGCGGAAUGCCCUAGCCGAGAGUGGAAUAUUGUCAUUCAGUGUACAUCCAGGAACCGUAAUGUCAAAUCUUAUCCGGCACAUGGACUUGUCUAAACUGCAAGCCUCCAUUAAGAAUGCGCCAGCAGGAGGAAACGUACCCGCCCUCAAAUCUCUCGACCAGGGCGCCGCAACUUCAAUUUUUGCCGCCUUCGAUCCAUCACUAAAUGCUGAAUCAUCUAUAUAUUUGGAAGACUGUCACAAUGGUAUUGCUGAAGCUUACGCUAGCGACCUCGACUCGGCAGCUAAACUCUGGAAACUCAGUGAACUAAUUGUUGGGCAAAGCUUCUCACUGAAAGGAGAGUAG